UAGACAUCGCUUGUUGUGCUUUGCCGGCUAUCGCUUUAUCGAAACAAAUUCAUUCGGCUGGCGUGCAGCAGCACGAUACUAACUCAGCUUACUUUUUGAAUUUUUGUUUUGUAAAUAAAUAAAAUUGUUUCAAGUAAUGGAUCUGAACGAGCUGUUACAGCAGGCGCAACGCCUCUCAAAUGAAACCCAAAUGGACACAGAAAUGCCGCGCGUCGAGCGCACACUAUCGCAAGUGCUCCAAGCGACACAGGAGCUGCAUGCUCGCGUCACACAAGCCGGCACAAACGAUCUGCAGGCUCACAUUCUGCUCGGAUCUAGAGGCGUGGAUCUGCCAAAGCUAACACAAAAACUUGAAUCGCUAAGCGCGCGUCAAUCUUUCGAGCCCCUCAAUCCGAUCGCCGACACCGAUGUCGAGGGCUACUUGAAGAACGAGCGCGAGAAUGCUAUAAUCGCUGUUAUUGAGGAGACCAACAGAAAUAUAUUCAAAUCGGUCGAGCGCAACAAAAUGCGCUGCAUUUUUGCCGAGUGGGGUGAGGAAAAGGAACGUCUGCUUAAUGCAUUGGUUGGACCCAAUCAGGAUGACUUUCCCGAGGUGCACCGCCACAUGGUGCCCACUGUACUGCCACAGUCAGCGCUGCCGCGCUCUCGUCUCAAUCGCGUCGAGGCAAUGUAUGCCCAGGAGAUCAAACUCUAUAAUCAAGUGCACAACCAGGGCACCCAACGCCCCAAUUUGCUCGUGCAGUUCACGCAAGUGGUCAAGGAACAACAGAACACUUUUGACAAUCAGAUCCACGAAAUGUGGAGCGUGCUGAGCUAUAUGGCCAACGUGACACCGCUGUCACGCAGCGCAGAUCCCAUUAAGUCUCGCCAGAGCGGCGCACCGUUUGUCCAGCAGGCACUCGGCUAUUUGGAGCAGUGCUACAAGCAAUACAUGAACACGGUCAUCCAGAAGAAUCGUCUUGUGGGCAUGCGCGGCGGCAUACCCAAUGUCUAUAACACGGUCUGCUCGUAUGUGGCCAUCACCUUUCAGAUGCCGCAAUCCCUGAUUGGCCUGCUCGAUGUCUCCGCUGGCCGACCGCUGUGGCCCCUCGUCUACUACAGUCUGCGCAGCGGCGAUCUUGGCGCUGGUGUACAGUUCCUCAAGGAGGGCGGCGUUUGUGUCGAUUUGCUGAAGCUGCUGCAGCACAAGCAUCAGAUUAAACAACAACAGCAGCAACAACAGUAUCAACUGGGCGACCAGGAGCGCCCCAAUGCCAAGCUGGAGGGACAGCUUAAGCUAGAGUACAAUAAUAAGUUACGCGUCUGCACCGAUCCGUUUAAGAAGGCGGUCUAUGCCAUCGUGUUGGCCUGUGAUCCGCACGAGCCGCACCAGGAGGUGGUGCGCACCAUUGAUGACUUCCUCUGGAUGCAGCUAUCCGUGCUCUGCACCGAUGAGCGUCUCGACUAUAACAUCGAACGUCUUAGCUACGGCGGCCUACAGUCGCUCAUACUGGAAAAGUAUGGCGAGAAUUAUUUCAAUGCACGCGAAAAGACUCCACUGUAUUUCCAGGUGCUUGUCCUCACCGGCCAAUUUGAGGCAGCCAUUGAGUUUCUGGCCCGCACCGAUGCGAAUCGUCCGCACGCCGUCCACAUGGCCAUUGCUCUCAACGAGCUGAACAUGCUAGGCACACCCAGCGACGUGCAGAAGCCGCUGCUCUCCGCCGAGCCGACUGAUCCCCCACCGAUGCGUCGCCUCAACCUGGCACGCCUCAUCAUAAUGUACACGAAGUGCUUCGAGCAAACUGACACCGUCGAGGCCCUGCAAUACUAUUACUUGUUGCGCCACUUCAAGGCCACAGAUGGACGCAAUCUGAUGAUGACCUGCUUCUGCGAUAUGCUCGUCGAGAACUGUGAUGAUAACAUGUUACUAUUGAUUUUUGGGGAGCCCGAUCCGAAUGAUCCAUGGCGUUAUAUUGGCGGCAUCUUUGCCCAGUUUCCCAACAUGGAGCACGACAAAUACGCCCUGGCCGGCAUGGUGGGCGAUGAGCUUUCGGACCGCACGAAGUUUGAGGCUGCCAUACGUCUGUACUUUAUUGGCGGCCAGAUGGACAAGGCUUUGCGUUUGCUAUGCUCGCUGCUGACGCAGGUGGUGCAUCAGCCGACGCGUCAGGGCAGCAUCCGGGAGCAGCUGACGGCUGUCUCGGAGCGCAUGAAUCAAUCGCUUGCCCGUCGCAAAAUGGACGUGGAUGAGCAUGUGAUGCGCACAUACACAAUGCUGUCGCAGCUAUUGAAGUUCUUCGACUAUUACCAUGCCGGCGAAUCCCGUCUGGCCGUUGAGAUAUUGACCAAGAAUCGCAUAACGCCCAACACCUCGGCCGAGGUGGACGAAUGCGUUAGCAGUCUGAAGCUGGUGGGUUCCGAUAUCAUUAAGGUGCUGCCCGAUGUGCUGCUGGCCGCCAUGGAUCUCAUCUAUGCGGAGUACCUGGAGGUGAAGGCCAGCGCUGGCAGCACUGGUGGUGGCAGCAGCAGCGGCGUCGCCGCCAGCGCACCGGAUGACACCGCCGGCCAGGCUGGCGAUGGCAAGGAAGAGCUUCUCAUGCAUUUACGUGGACGUGCCAAGGCUCUGACCAAUAUGGCAGCCACACUCCCAUAUCGAAUGCCCUCGGACACCAACAAUCGCCUGGUGCAGCUGGAGAUACUGAUGCAUUAGGCUCUAUCAAU